AUGACAGGCAUGAUGCCUUCAAAGCGACAAAGGAUGGAACAAGGACGUAUUGACCCCUAUUUCACAAUUCCACCAAACAGAAGUGUAUAUUUCUUCCAUUCGGUGUUCGGUUUAAGAAGAUUAGAUUAUAGAGAUGGAGAAUUUACAGAUAGGAUCGUAUUCACUACAUCAAGAGAAGAAGAUCCAAAACUAUGGUUCAAUAAGGAACAUCCAGGAUUUGAGUAUAUUGAUCAGUUUCGGAUAGGACAAGAAGUAUAUAUCAAAGCACAAAUCCGACAGACAACAAGAAAGGAAAAACUAAGCACUCUCAGAGAAGACACUGGUGUAAAUCUAUUGAGACGAAGUCAAGGGAUUAAAUGGGUUCAACAAGAAAAAGGACAUGUCAGAGUAACAAGAACUUUGGAUACAGAAUGGAAUAAUCUUUGGCAUUUGAAUGGUGAUGUUACCCCAUCAAUGAAAGUUGAAAGCGCCUGGUCAGCAGGUUACACUGGUUCUGGUAUCGUCAUUGCAGUAUUGGACGAUGGAUUACAAACAGACCAUCCUGAUCUUGCUGCAAAUGUUGACACUGUUAAUGACAUAGACAUUUAUUGGAUUGAUGAUGAUCCAUUUCCAGAUUCAAGCUCCAGUCAUGGUACACAAGUAAGUGGAUUGAUUGCAGCCGUGAAAGAUAACAACCUUUGUGUAGUUGGUGUCGCAUUUAGUUCCACCCUCAUAGGAGUUAAACUUUUGGGCCAAAAUGCUGUACUUGAUUCAGAUGAAGCUGCAGCUCUUUCUCACUAUUCGACAAAUGUUGAUAUAUACAGCAAUAGCUGGGGACCUCCUGAUGGAACUGAUUUUAAAGGUCCUGGUUCAAUUACAAAAAAUGCAUUGUUAAAUGGAGUGACUAAUGGAAGGAAUGGCAAAGGUGCUAUUUACAUAUGGGCAGCAGGUAAUGGAGGAACACAGGACAACUGUAAUGGUGACGGAUAUGUUAAUAGUAUAUAUACUGUAGCCAUUUCUAGUGCACAGAUUGGUCAAAAUGCAUGGUACUCAGAAGUAUGUGCUCCUGCCUUAGCUGUAGCAUAUGGCGGCAGCGAGGAUGACAGAUUCUUGACAACUACUACAACAGGAUCAGGAUGUAAAAGCAGUGGUAUCCAAGGGACGUCGUACUCAGCCCCUUUAGUAUCUGGUAUAGUUUCUCUUACACUGGAGGCAAAUUCUGACCUAACUUGGAGAGACAUCCAACAUCUGAUUGUUUUCACAUCUAAUAGGAGUGGUUUGAGUGACACCUACUCUGAUUGGACAAUGAACGGGGCAAAUAAAGAAUUCAGUCAGGUUCUUGGUUUUGGUUUAAUGGACGCUUAUGCUAUGGUGAAUUAUGGUAAAAACUGGGUAACAGUACCAACCCAACAAACGUGCACCACUUCUACAAGAUCUCCUUCCUUGAGCACCUCUACUUCAGCCUCUGAUUCAAUGAAUGUAACAUAUGGUGACUGUUCGUCAACAAACUAUCUUGAGCACGUGGUAGCUGACAUAACAUUCUCCUACACAGGAUUCAGAGGUGUUACCGAGCUGUAUUUGGUAUCUCCAUCUGGUACCAAAAGUCAUCUACUCCACUACAGAAAUACGGAUGCUAUAGAUAAUCAAGCAGCAGGAAGUCUAACCUGGGAUUUCAUGUCAGUUCAUUUUUGGAGAGAAAAUCCAAUUGGAAUCUGGACACUGGAAAUAAACUUAGGAUUACAUAUUGCAACUGUAACCUUAGACAGCUGGUCCCUUAAAUUUUACGGAACUACAACAGAUCCAUGGCCAGCUCAAGGAAGUAACGUCGUAACAGCAGAGCAAACUACUGUCGAUGUAACCACAGCAAAAAUAACUACUGACACCGAAACAACAAAGGCAACAACUCCUGCUUCCGCACCAGCAACAACAACAACUACUGCCGAUGUAACAUCACCAGAAAUAACUACUGACACCAUAAAAACAAAGGCAACAACUCCUGCUGACGCACCAACAACAAAACCAACUACUGAUGCUGUAACACCACCAAAAAUAACUACUGACACCAUAACAACGAAGGCAACAACUCCUGGUUACGCACCAACAACAACUACUGCCGAUGUGACACCACCUAAAAUAACUACUGACACCAUAACAACGACAACAACUCCUGCUGACGUACCAACAACAAAAACAACUACUGCCGAUGUAACACCACCAAAAAUAACUACUGACACCAAAACAACAAUGGCAACAACUCCUGCUGACGUACCAACAACAAAAACAACUACAGACACAGUAUCAACAACAAAAACUACAUCCGCAAAUAAUGUAGAAACUACAGUGAAAAAUGAUUCAGCUGUUAUAGCCGGAAAAGUGAUAAGUGCUGCUGUAGUGGUUGCCGUUGUCGCGUUCUUUGUAAUACUCUAGAUUGCAAUGGUGCAGCUGCUGGAACACAUGUCGUACAUCCAGCAAUCUAGGAAGAAGAUGACAAUGGACUGUAAUAUCAUUAUACACAUAAUCAAAAACAAUACUUACUUCCGGACAUUUUCAAACGGAUUCUUCUUUCAUAAUUUUAACACUGAUUUAUUUGUUUGAUGGUUAUAAAACAAGUUUAAACAAUAUGUUAAUUCUCCCAGUUUAUAUAUAAGUUUACUUGCUUGCUCAGUUCAUUUCUGGCUAUAAGUUACUUCAUUUUAAGCUUGUAUCUAGUUUUUUUCAAAAAUGGAAAAUUCAAAUUGUCUUGGGCGAUAACUGAAAUAAAUCACAGACUCUAUUCCCUUACGAAUUGAGAACUCCCUAUCUAGCUUUAACAUGGGAAAAUCAAACUUUUCACAUUGAAAUAUUUUGUAUUACAUACAUAAAUGUACUUACUUUUAAUAUGUCUUCAUAGUUACAAUGUUAACAUUUGUAUUCUAAUGGCACACACCGAUUUAAGGGAAAGCAUCAUUACAAAUUAUAAAUUCCUUUUUUCACUAAGGUAAAGCACUUGAAGAAAUUGGAGAUUUCUAACAUACCAUUUCGAUCGGUUCAAGCACAUGAUCUCCCGAAUAAUGGCAAAUUAUCCCUCCAUCCCGUAGUCACAAUUGGUCUCCAGCAAACGAUCUAUGAAUAAUGGCAAAUUAUAUCUCCCUUCCCGUAGUCACAAUAGGUCUUCUCUAAAUGAUUUAACAGAGAAUGCCACUUCUUACACACAUGAAUCAUACUAGGUCUCCAGCAAUUGAUCUAUCGAAGAAUGGCAAAUUAUAUCUCCAUCCCGUAGUCACAAUCGGUCUUCUCCAAACGAUUUAACUGAGAAUGUCACUUCUAACAUGCAAGAAUCAUACUCGGUCUCCAGCAAUUGAUCUAUCGGAGAAUGGCAAAUUAUCACUCAAUUCCGUAGUCACAGUCGGUCUACACCAAAUUAUUUAUCUGAGAAUUUCCAUGGGUCCUAACAUGCAAGAAUUAUACUCGAUCCUCAGCAAACGAUCUAUCGGAUAAUUUCACUGUGUUGUUCGUUUCGUUUUAUAUAUUAUACAUUUGUAAAUAAUGUUUCAAACCUUUUUUAACACUUUUUGGUCAGUUUCAUUCUCUGCCCAAACAUGUGUACGAGUUUGCUUUUAAUAAGACGUUUGAAAAAUAUGAUUCCAUAUUUAGUUAUGCAUAACACUUAUGUUAUUUUGUUGUUGUUUACUAUAUCUGGUGAUAUUCACUUAGUUUUAAUGUUUAUGUUUUUAAAAUCGUGUUAUGUGGGUACGAUUUAAUACUGUAUUGCUUAUAAUAUUUUGUUAUGGUGUCCAGAAUGUACAUGUGUUAUUGCAUUUUCUGGAGUUUUAUUUAUAUAAGUUGUUAUUUUUAUAUGGGAAACAAGGCAAAUGUGUAUAUUAUGUAUAAUUAUGUAAAUGCAACAUAGGAAUAAGUUUGACCGUUCAACUGAUACAUGAAAACAUCAUGCAACACGAAAAGUCCAAUUAGUUUUGAUCCAUAUUAUCAUGGUACAUGUAUAAUGUAAUUUCUUAAUUCUGCAAAACAUCAUUGUAAUGCAUGUGCUUGUUCUUUUCGCAGCUGUACGUAAAAGUAACAUCACUAGUAUGCAGUUGCAUAUAUAAAUACAAUCUAUUCACCCAACACCAUUUUGAUUGAUAGUAGGAUUUAGAAUGCAAAAUUCUCAAAUUAAUCAAAAACUCUUGACAACCAAAGAAUAACACAUUUUUGUUUUUGGAGUAUAUAUUUUUUAAGCUUUUGCCUGUAUCUUUAGAAAAAAAAAAUUCAAAGUUUUACCAAAUUCUGUAAAAAUAAGAAAAUAAGAAUAUAUAACCCCCAUCCCCCAGAUAAAAAUGUUCCCGAAAUUGGUUCAAUCGAGAGUAGUGAGUAUUUUUCUAUCUAAAAAUAACCAAAAAAAAAAUCAAAAGACUUUUAUUUUCAGUUUUACAAUCGAACUACUGUUUAAUCACCAAUUUGAAAUUAAUUAGUAUCAUAUUCUUUUUUUUAUUUUGUGAUUGAAAUCUCCUUUGUAAACACUAAAAUGAUUUGUUUUGUGUAAAAUCAGAAAUAAUCAAUAAAAAAUACUUGAAUUAUAAUAGAUUUCUUAAAAUUUGUAGCAAAUACAAUAUAUCAUGACACAACUACAUAUGGUACGCUCUGAUGCGUUAUUUGUGUUGUUAUAUGUAAGAAUAUUAGAACAUUGACAAGCUUGAAAUUAUGAUGCAUACAUUUUUCCACAUAUUUUUUUUAUAUUUAUAAAACAUUACGUCGGUACUUGGGAAGUAGAUAUUUUGAUAUAUUUAUGUAAGUGACGAUUGCUAUUAUGAGAGCAUGAUAUUUAUAUAUACAUUACUUACUGUA